CAAAGAUACGCAGAGAAACGGGCUGCUGGUGGCGAAGAUGGCGGAUGGGGAUAGUGGCAGUGAGCGCGGUGGUGGCGGCAGCAGCAGCGGCGGUGGCGGCGGAGGCGGAGGGGGUGGAGGAGGCAGCGGUGGAUUCCAGCACUACCAGCGGGAAGCGGAGACCCAGGAGCUGGCCUCGAAGCGGCUGGACAUUCAGAACAAACGCUUCUACCUCGACGUGAAGCAGAACGCCAAAGGCCGGUUCAUCAAAAUCGCGGAGGUCGGCGCCGGCGGCUCUAAAAGCCGGCUGACUCUCUCCAUGUCAGUGGCGGCCGAGUUCCGCGACUACCUCGGGGACUUCAUAGAGCACUACGCCCAGCUGGGGCCUAGCACUCCGGAGCAGAUCGCUCAAUCAUCCGGCGGCGGUGGUGGGGAUGACACCGGGCCUAGACGGGCCUUGAAGAGCGAGUUCCUGGUGCGGGAGAACCGAAAAUACUACCUCGAUUUGAAGGAGAACCAGCGGGGGAGGUUUCUCCGGAUCCGGCAGACCGUGAAUAGAGGCCCUGGGUUCGGCGUCGGAGUCGGUGGCAUCCCGGGAGCUGGCUUACAGGCCGGGCAAACCAUUGCACUCCCGGCUCAAGGUUUAAUAGAGUUCCGCGACGCCUUGGCCAAGUUGAUAGACGACUACGGCGGAGAUGAGGAGGAGCUGACCGGUGGAGGUGGAGGAGGAGGCGCAGGAGGCUACAGCGAGCUCCCGGAGGGCACCUCCAUCAUGGUGGAUUCCAAGCGGUUCUUCUUCGACGUGGGCUCCAACAAGUACGGCGUUUUCUUGCGGGUGAGCGAAGUGAAGCCCAGCUACAGGAACUCUAUAACUAUCCCCUUCAAGGCGUGGGGCAAGUUCGGAGGAGCGUUCAGCCGCUACGCCGAGGAAAUGAAAGAGAUCCAGGAGAGGCACCGGGACAAGAUGUACGAGAGGAGAGGAGCCGGAGGAGAGGAGUCGGAGGAGGGCGACGACGUGGAAGACGAUUGAUGGAGAUGGAGAUGGAUGGAUGGAUGGAGAGAGAAGGUGGCUACUUGUGAUGAAGCUGACAACAACAUGAUGCAAAAAGCCUGGCGAUAAACAACAAGAGAUGGAUAGGAACGACUAUUCUGUGCAUGACGAAUCGAACUUAAAAAUGCUAAAAUAUAUAUAUUUGACUGAGAAAAUUACUGUCUAUAUAAGAGAAAUCAUGUCCCUAAAGUUUAGGUGGAUGUUAUAGCUAAAUGCAGACUGCAGUAGUCAGCUCCUGUAUGAGAUUCCCCAUUGAUAUAUAUAUAUAAAACAAAUAAAUAUAUAUAUAUAUUGGAUUUUCUAUUUGAUAAACUCACAUGUAGCCCAGCAAAUUAAGUUUGACAGUGCUCAAGUUACACCAAUAGGUUACCAGACCCACUUCCUGCUUACUAUCCAAUGGUAACAGCUCACCUGGACGCUGACCUGUAGUCUGUGUGAUGAUAACAAGGAAGUGUGACAUACUCAUACCAGCAGGAGUGAGAUAGAGCGCCUGCAUCACUCACCAUGGCUGUGUGUGUGUGUGUAUUUUGUCUAAAAAAAUGACCUGUAACGAACAGCUUGCCCCAGACAGACCCACACAACACCCAGAGCCACGGUGUCAGCUAUAGGGGGCAUCCUUGGCAUCUCAGGACAUCCACUCGGCCCAGCGAGGUACCAUAACGGUAAUCUGUUACAAGCACACGACUCAUAUGGAUUCUCUGGACAAUCCAAACGGGUCCAAAAUGACCUCUCCCCUCCUCUUCCCUCCCUCCUGGGCAUCCCUCAGGUGCUAACCUCCUGCUCCGAUAGCUGAAACGUGGUGAGGCGUCCUCACGCGUGACUUGUUUUGUCUCAGGACUGGCUAGUCCAAUCUGUAUUUUUGGGGUAUAUCAGCAUUACCUGUGCCUGUGCAUCAUCCUCAAGAGGUUCUGGGUGCAGAUCUGGUCAGCCAGUUGCUGCAGUUGAGACGUCUGUGGCAACUGAUGAUGUCUCAUACGAUGCAAGCCCACGUUUGACCCCUGUGACCUUUUUGUCAAAGGGGACACGGUGAGCUCGGGCCUCUAGCACUGGUCACGAUUUUUUCGAGUUAAAGCUUAAUAUUGCCGGGCUUGAGCUACGGUCUCCAGGGAAUUGACCUUGUUGACCUAUUUAGGGUGCGCCAUUUGGAUCCUUUAAUCUUGAACUCAGACCAUUAAUGACUGAAGCAAUAUUCAGUCUGAUUGUAAGAAAAAAUUAGGUCCUCUUGGAAAACAAAACCCACAGUGGGGUGCUGUACCUUAAGAAAAAAAAAAAGAAAUAUAUAUAUACUGGAAGAGAUUUACUUACUAAAAAGAUCAAGUAUAGAUAGGAUUAUUUUUCAAAAGAGAUAUAUUGAAAUAUGUCUUAGAAAUAUGAGACAUUUAUUAGAUAAUGCUGCCUAAAGUGGCUUAUUUAAAACACUAAACUUGGAUGCAACUGUCCAGGGUGAUAUUUCAUACCUGCUUUUUUUCCUAACAUUUCUUUUAUUCCUUAGAGGAAAUUAAGAAGAGUACAACAAAUUGAUAACAAAGUAUGUUAUAGCAAUUUCUAGAAACCACUUCAUUGAAGUAGUUUGUCAGCAAACACUCAGCACUCCAGUUCACUUUACAUAGCAUCGAGUUGUCCCCUCGUUUCAGUCCACCCGUUUUACCAUGUUUUGUCACAAAUUGGCUUUCCAUCAGUUGCCAUACGACGCAAACAUAAACACCUGCAAUCAUCAUUGUCUUUAGUGCUCCUUUUUAAGAAUAUGAUAUUUUUUGCAUGCGUGCUCUUACGCGGAGCUGCCUUGUGUUCUUUUCUUUCGCAUAUUCUGAUUGCUGUAUGAUGGUAUUUAUCCAUUUUUUGAGAGCGGUUUCAAGUUUUAUUUCUUGCAAUGGAAACAGUUUAAAGUUUACUUCUCAGCCUAAUAAAAAAAAAAGCCACAAAGUCCCCUUGCUUUGGGAAAUGUCACUUUCAUUGUCCCCACUUCCUUUGGUGUGUAAACCUCUCGUUGAAUUUUACUUUACCCACUUCAACACAGCAGAGAAAUGCCAUAUGAAAAAAAAAAAAUAUACACAUGGGAGCAAUAGUUUUUUUUUCUUUUCUAUUCAUAUAAAUAUACUAUAUAUAAUAUUACACAUGAGAUUGAACUACAUCCUUCUUCCUGUACUGUGUUACGUGAAAUGGCAGCUGUUUCAGUCAUGUGUGUUCUGCUGUAAUAUUCUACCAAGUUCCUUUCAACGAGAAAUAAAAAAGGUUUUUGCUCAGGA